CCCAGCAGCGUGGAAAAGCAGACGGGUCGCAGUAGCUUCACGCGGUCGGGAAAGCCCGAAGACUUGUAGGGAAGGACUGAACGUGCGCUGAGCAGCGGACAAUCUGCUGCUGUACCGUUUACUGCCCGACUGUGUGACUUGAAGGCCUGCCGGUCUGGGCGGGCGGGGGCGGUCAAGUCUUGCACCUCCGCUUCCUCGGCUCUUACAAAGGCUAUGGCUCGCGUACACGUGCAUGCAGAUCCAAACGCACGCGUCUGCACGUUGUUGCCUGCCGCAGCCCAAGCAAGCCGGGCUUCUCUGAUUCCCAGGGGCUCCUUUGUGCUACUGGGGCGCUGGGAGGGGGAGGGAGCUACGCGGCGGCUGCGUCACGCUGGAGAAGCUGCUGCUAGCGCCGCGCGCCGCUCCCAAAUUAACCCCGGCGAAGAAGAAGCAUCCCUUGUUCCUCGCUCCCCUUUCUUCUCUCUCUCGUCGCCAACAGCCAGCCGAACAAGGGAGACAAGAGGCGCCUGACGUGCCGCUCCGCCAUUUCUGCCAGAACCUUCCGAUUAUAUUUUUUUGAAAAGCACCGAAAGAUUGUUUUUUGUGUGGGCAGGAGGAGCCCCCCCCUUCCCAACUAAAGGAGCAAAGAUACCGUCAAGAGGAGCAGGAGGCAAGGACUCCCUUUCAUUCAGGAAAAAAUGGUGAAGCUGGGGAAUAAUUUUAGCGAGAAGACCACAAAGCAGCCCCUCUUGGAGGAUGGAUUUGACACCAUCCCCUUGAUCACGCCCCUGGAUGUCAAUCAACUACAGUUCCCACCUCCUGAUAAGGUGGUGGUCAAGACAAAAACAGAGUAUGAACCUGACCGCAAGAAAGGGAAAUUCCGAACUCCCAAAAUAGCUGAGUUUACAAUCAGCAUCACUGAAGGAGUCUCAGAACGGUUUAAGGUAACUGUUUUGGUCCUUUUCGCCCUUGCGUUCCUUACAUGUGUUGUAUUUCUGGUAGUCUACAAGGUUUACAAGUACGACCAUACCUGUCCGGAAGGUUUUGUUUUCAAGAACAAUCAGUGCAUUCCGGCUGGACUAGAGAACUACUACUCCGAACAAGACUCUAGUGCUAGAGGGAAAUUUUAUACCGUUAUAAACCACUACAACCUGGCCAAACAAACCAUCACACGCUCUGUGUCUCCAUGGAUGACAGUGCUUUCAGAAGAGAAACUUUCCGAACAGGAGACUGAAGCAGCUGAGAAAUCGGCUUAGAACGAUUUAUCUUGCUGAUUGGAAGGUAUCAAGGGGGGCAUUCAUGGAACAUCUCAUUGUUAUGGAUAAUUUAGAGGGUUACUUAUUUAUGGUGUAAAUGCUUCUGUUUGCUGAUAACUGCUUUGCAAAAAGGAAAAAAAAUAAGAAAAUGAAAACUUGGUACAGACCAUUAAUGGGCUUAAAGCCAAGUGCAUAUCAGCAUUGCUUUAGAGCUUUAACACCAAUUUCUCCGUUAAUAAAAUUCUGUUUAGGUACUUCCUUGCAAUUUAGAAGUUUCAUCAAGCUAUUCAGGGGUUUUGACACAGGAGAGAAUUGUGCAUUUUACUGUAUGUACUGAUUUUUUUAAAAACAAAUUUUGCAAUUUGAAUCAUCAUAGCCAUAACUAUAAAUGAUCUGUUGCUUAGCUAUGAACUGUAUCUAAAAUUGGCUUUUAGCUCCAAAAUGAGUACCAAGAAUCAAACAAAUAGUUGGCCUGUUUUUGCUCAUUGUACCAGAUAUGUAAGUGGUAAUUAAGUUCUUUGCAACAAGGCAUGCUUAAUUGUUGUUUCGUUAUAGCUGUGAACAAAUUUUCACUGCGUUUCCACUGUGGCUAGAGGAUCUUGUAUAUGGACUUGCACUGAAACACAAAAUAGACACUACAGAGUUGUACAUUUUAAUGAUGGGUAAUGUUUAGUGAAUGUGCAAGGCAGUGAGAUAUUCUGAUGAGUAGUGGAGUCUGGGAGAAUAAAUAAGACAGAAAGUCCUUCACUGUAGCUGUAGCCCACAAUGUAAUUUGUCCAACAAGAAAGGAGGAGCAAUUUUGUUAGAAUUUUCUCUUUUUGUACAACAUUAAAACGUUUCUCUUUUUA